AGUAAAAAUGUAAAAAUUAGUUGUCAUUCCUAUGUUAUUUCCCUGUGUAGUAUCUGAAGGCAAAGUUGAAACACAGAGGGAGCUAAAACCCUAAAACCAUGAGACGAGCUCUUUCUUCUUUGUGCUCUCGCAAUCUCCACACUUCUCAAAAAUUUAAACCAAAUCUGAAUUAUAUCAACAGCAGCAGCAGUAAAAUCAUACACUCCCCGGUUAUUUCUCAUUUCCCUUCAAAGUUUAAAUUCUUCUCAUCAUCAGAAAAUGAUUCAUCGAAUCAGAACGCAUCUGAACCAAGCCCUCAGUCCGAGACGCCCGAAACUAGCUUGGCCGAACCCACAAAGAAAGAGGUCUCUCUCAAUGUUGAAGAUAUCAACAAUAAAGAGUUGAAGACGCGGAUUGAGGAGUACUUCAACAAAGGCAAUGAAGAGGCGCUUCCGUCAAUUCUUGAAGCAAUUUUAAAGAGGAAAUUGACGAGAAAGCAUGAGCACACAGAUGAUGAGUUAAUGGAGGAGCUUCAAAUGAAACCCCUGGAUGAUGUAAAUGACCAAGAGUUUGAAUCAGAUUUCGAGGAUGCUCACUCCACUGAUGAAGAGAUUGAAGAUUUGUAUGACACAACUGAUUUGGUAAAGAGGAGAAUGGCAUCUGAUCAAUUCUUCAACAUGGAUGACAGAAAGUGGGAUGAUAUGAUAAAAGAGGCUACCGAGCAUGGGUAUCUUAGGGAUACGAAGGAGUGUGAGGAAAUUUUGCAGGACAUGCUUAGCUGGGAUAAAAUUCUACCUGAUGAAAUUAAGAAGAAGGUGGAAGUUAAGUUUGAUGAGAUAGGUGAAAGGGUUGAAAAAGGUGAGAUUACUCCUGAAGAAGGCUAUGCAUUGUUCAAGGAGUUUGAGGAUGGGGUGGUCGUGGAGUGCGCAAAACUGAUGGAGAAGGAUGCUCCACAGUUUGAUGAGAAUAUGUUGCCAGAUAAGAACAAGAAUUUGGAUGACCCGCCAGGUGAAGGGCCGGUUCUUAGAUGGCAAACAAGGGUGGUCUUUGCUCCUGGUGGUGAUGCAUGGCAUCCAAAAAACAGGAAAGUCAAAUUGGCUGUUACGGUGAAAGAGUUGGGUCUGUCAAAGCAUCAAUUUCGUCGCUUAAGAGAAUUGGUUGGAAACCGCUACCAUCCUGGGAGAGACGAGCUUACCAUAACUAGUGAAAGAUUUGAACACCGCGAGGAGAAUAGGAAGGACUGCCUGAGGACUCUAUUUGGUCUCAUUGAAGAGGCUGGAAAGGCUAACAAAAUGGUAGAGGAUGUUCGAACUUCAUAUGUGAAGCAGAGACUCAAAGCAAAUCCUGCAUUCAUGGAAAGGCUGCGUGCAAAAACCAUGAAGCUAAAAGAAUCUAGCUUGCUGCAUGCAUGACAUAAGCUCUUUCCAGCUGGCAUUUCUUGUAGAAGAUAAAGGAGAGGUCGUGCACUUGGGAAUAAUGGAAUUCAUAUUGCUACCAAAGUGGUAUCCAGUAAAGAGAUCACCCUUCUCAGUUUCAAGAUACAAGUUGAGUGGGAGAUCAUAGAUUAAAGCUUUGUUAAUUACUUGUAGAGGGUUCUGGUAUCUCUGGUGCUGAUGGAAUGAUCAUUGAUGAUCCAAGUGGUGUCAGUGAAGAACUUGAAACUGAAUUAUCAUCUAGUUGCUGUAUAAGUUAUAUUUUUGAAGCUGAUCAUGCCUGUAGGCAUCUACUUUUUGGUACUGGAGAAUUACAUGUGAAACCUAGACCAUUUUUCACUUUAACAAGAUUAGCAAUUAAAUGUAGUGUGUUUUCGGAUCUUGACUACCUGAGCCACCAGUCUGUUAACUGCUGUAAUGAUAUUUUCAUUAUUGAUAAUAGUGAUGUUCGUUCCAGCUUGUAUGCA